UGUUGCGUGUGUCUUUACCGUUACAAUUUUCGGGCUUGUUUUCUCACCUUUCCGUCAAAUUUAACUACGAUUUUUGAAAAGUCGGAUAUGAUAUUAUUUAGUUUUCGUUUGCUCAUGUAUGUGAUUAGCUGGUGGACUUUGUACUAGACAUGACAACUCGGUUUCUCAUCCUUGGUUUAUUGAUUGCUGUUUCUCAUGAGCGGUGUUUGCAAUGAAGGGAAAAUGUCACAUACGUACACUGGACGAUUGCGUUAUUUCGUGCUGUGCGCGCUUUUUGUGAGAUUUGAGAGACUCAUCGAUCUGAUUUCAUAACGUGCACAUUGGCCCCGGCUUCUUUCCGGCGGAAGUGUAUCGUCUGCGUAUCUAGCCGUAGUCGGCACUAUGAUUAGACUUAGCGAUAAUUAAUGAAUAUAUAACUGGGCCAGAUGGAGCAGGAUUUGUAUGAACGAUCGUUCUCGCCCCAGCGUCCUCGAAGUAGGAUAUCGUCGGAAUAUUCUGGCGCGUCCACAACUCACCCUGUGGAAUGGCAAGACGAUUGGAUCCAUCGGGAAGAGCAGUUUAAGGAUACCAUUAACGCUCUUCACACUGAACAAGAACGCAUUCAAAAGAAAACUUUUACCAACUGGAUCAAUUCACAUGUGGAGCAUCACCGCGAUCAAUGGAGAGUCAACGAUUUGUUUGCCGAUCUAAAGGAUGGCAGAAUACUGUUGGCUCUGUUGGAGGUCAUUACGGGUGAUUACCUGCCAUGCGAAACCUUCCGUCACUACACACGGGCACACUAUCUGUCUAACGUGGAACGUGCGCUGGAUUAUCUGCGACAUCGGAAUAUCAAACUUGUGAACAUUAAUUCAUCGGAUGUGGUAGACGGGAACGAGACAGUUAUAUUGGGAUUAAUAUGGACCAUAAUCCUCAAUUUCCAGAUCGAUCAGGAUCUGGCGCAUUUGCGCGAGAACUUCCUAAUCAGUCCAGUACCCAGUGGUGUGCAGAGCGGCUCCUACGAGGCCCGCUCGCGCUCCGUAUCGCCGAGUCCGACGAAGAAGCCACGUCUUGCAGCCCGUGGUCGAUUCCAGGCCGGCGCAUCCAAGGCUAUGCUAAAGUGGUGUCAGAAAGAAAUAACCGAUUGUUACGGCAUUCCUAUUACGAAUCUCAGUAGCAGCUGGAAAGACGGGAUGGCCUUUCUGGGACUGGUCAAAGUGUUGGAUCCUAAGCUAAUCAAUCUGAACGAUUACCGGCGUGCAACGCCGUCUGAGCGCAUGAAUGUGGCCUUUACCUUGGCUCACGAGCAGCUGGGCAUACCAAAGUUUUUGGAAGUUUCAGAUAUCGAUGUCGAUCGUCCAGAUGAGCGCAGCAUCAUGACUUACAUCGCACAAUUUAUCAAGCGUUUUCCGGAAGCUAAACGAAAUCGACAGAAAUUGAUUAUGGACAAUUUCCCUGAUGUGGAGGCUUUGGAAGCCAACGAAAAAGCCGAUUAUGAGCGAAUACGUGAUUGGUGCAAUGAUGUACUGCUGAUGCUCAAGUGCCUCGAGCUUUCGGAAGAACGCCCGUACGAAGCCUACGAUGAAUAUAAAAAAUUCAGUGAGAAUUUCCGCACAAAUAUUUCCUCAUACACCCGUCUUAAGGAGCGGUAUGAGGAAGGCCGCACGCUGCAUAUGACAGAACAGAACAUCCUCGAACUGGACAGCCUGUGGGCCCGAUUGAUCUCGGAAAAGCAGAUCUGGCAUAAUCACCUGUUCAGGGUCUUAUUAGGACAAGAGCAGCUGCUCUGUUCACGCUUUGAAAAGUACGAGUCGGAACUGGAUCAACGAGUUCUGCUGCCGCCGCAACGUGUGACUCAUUAUUCGAAAGUCAAUCUGGAAUUCCGCGUGCAAAAGCACGAGGAUAUACUGCUGAGGUUGACGCAUUUGCGCGACGAGUUGAACUCUUUUCUGGUGAAAGAGUAUCCUACCGAAGUUUUUGCACUACAUGAUCUGCAAAGUGAACUGAAUGCCAUGAUCACCGACCUGGAACAGCGUCUCCUGGAAGAGCGCUGCAAAUUAUUGCUCAAACGCCAACUGAUCAUUGUGGAUGAAUGGGAACGGCGCAUAGCUCGCUGGGAGGAAUUUUUGGCUAGUCCAGGCUUGAACGGAGAACGACUAGCUUAUGAAUUCGAGCUCCACGUUGUACAGGAAAGGAUAUUCGACAAAUUUUUGGAGUUAUCCAAACAGUUGCAGCGCUGCUUGGAGAUCUUACAGAAUACUCCAGAGUCCGAUAAACAUCAAAGGGCUGAGUUUUUAUCCAGUGCUGUCAACGCCAACCGGCGCUGGAAGCGCAUUGGCGAACAAUUGUACGAAAUUCGAGAAAAAUUACGGGAAUAUCAGAUGUUGCUGAAAAAGAAAGGCCAGAAAGUUGAUUUGGACUAUAAUGGCAAAGAUGUACCUGACAUCUCUCUAUCUUCCACCUCUCCGGUUUCUCCUCCUGCGUACAUCAAGUCAGAUCGCUGGCUGCUGCAUAUUCAGAAGGUGGCCGCUUUUACUCGAUGGAUUGAUCGCAUGGAGAGAGAUUUUGAGUCAAUUGAUAGAGAAAACGUCAGUAGAGUGGAAUAUCAGCGGGGUCUUCAACGCUUCCGCGCUUUGUGCAAUGAGGUCGUGGAGCAUAAGACAGACGGGCAAGACAUUAUCGACACGUUCUAUAACUGUUCUGCUGAAUUGCCACACAAUGUUGCCUCUGAAGAGCAGCGAAAAAUUAACCGGUUGAUCCGCAGAUACGAUUCACUGAUUCCUUCUUUGGAAAUUGUCCGCUCCGAAGUAGAGCGCAAUGUCCAUGCUCACCAAGUGACCAGUACGCAUACGGAGACCGUACAGUUAGUACCAGACCGACCGGAAAGUGUACGCGAACAUGCCGUUCGCAUUCAUACACCAGCUGCGCGAGGAUUAAGUCCGACGGUAUCCGGCGGGACGUCGGGCUACGCCACUCCGGAAUUCGAAAACGCCUUGCUGCGCCGAUCUGAACCAACUACUCCGUCGUCAUUCAAUCGAUCUCCACCGUUGGCAUAUGGCAUUUCAAGCCAGUCUUCAGUUAACGAGGGUAGCCCCAUUGAGCCAUCUUUAAUACGUGAUAUUGACAUUGACGACGAAACGCAGCGAUCUGCCAGCGCGGCUUCGCCUCGAGGCACUCCAGCGCAUACGCCGGGUGCGGACGAACGCACAUUUGUCCGCGACGUGCCCAUCAUGGACAGCGCAAGCGGCAGCGCUACUCAUCUUCGCCCUACUGUUAAAAUCACCUCGACCCACCGGACGGUUGGAGCGUUGUCCGAUGAUGAAGACCUUGAGACAAAACGAAUAAAGGUCGAUCAAAGCCGGAAAGGAUUGUUUCCCAAGGGUACCGUGGAAAAGUUUGAGCAGACGGUCACGGAAACCACCACCGAACGGUCACUGCGCAACGUUGCACCGGAAGAAUCAUCGAAGAUCUCGACACUCCGUGCGGCUUUUGAAAAACCAACUGAGAGUCAGCAAAAGUUUACCACCAAACCGAAACCGGGAUCAGUAUAUGACGCUUUGAGACGAAAAAGUAAGGACUCGGAUUCCGAUAACGAAGAUGUCUCACCAAAGAAACGCCCUCCAGCAACAUCAUCGAGGCCGUCUUCCACUUUCCUCCGAUCUGCCGACGAUGAGCUGACCCGGCUUCGACAGCGGCCAGCCGGCAUUGUGUUCGAGUCGGAUGUGUCGAAUGCCGAUGUUGAACGAGCUAUGAGCGAAACACCCGUCAGCCCGUCUAGUGUUUCGGAGAAGCCAAAAUAUUUGCGGAACGUUAAAACCACGACUCUUGUUACCAGUACGGAAACCAAGACCGUUAGGACUGUGCGGGCGAAGUCUCCACCGGCGAGCGAGGAUGUUCCAUAUCUCGGCAGUGGACGGUUAGUUGGUAAAAUCAAACACCCUGUUGCGUUUACCACGGAAACCCAAGUGCGUGAUGAACCGGUUGCUACCGAAUCCAAGAGUAUCGGAAAAGUUCGACCAGCGGCAGUAUUUACGACACCCACGGACACCUUUGUACGGAGAUCAUCUCAGGAAGACAUUCCCCAGAGCAAAGUGCGAUCCCAUAUCGAAGAAAUCCAUCGUCGCGCAAGUCAAGAGGAUAUCACCUCCCCCGGGACUUCCGAACCCGAAUCCACUGGGAAAGCGAAAACUCCCUUUGGAUUUUUGAAAAAGCACACAAAGACGGAAUUCGAGGAAACCACCAAAACCGUCAAACGCGUCACGGUAUCACCGCUGUCUUCGGCCAAGCGCGGCAACCGGGUAGAGCCGGCCACAGUUGUACGAGACGCUGACGAGCAGGGUGUUGCCUCACCUGUUCGAGAGGAAAUCUUGGCGUCCUUCGUCCGAGAUCCAGAGCGACCACCACCGCCCGUUGUGCGUGAGUCGACGGUUGCUGAUCCGACGCAGACGUUCGUUCGGACAACGGAAAGAGUUGUUUUGCGACCGCAUCGGGUCGUCGAUACGGAAAGCCAGUCUGAAAGCGUUGUGCGAGUGGUGCCGUACGGUGCAACAGCUACGCUGGAAGCGGACACGCCGAAACAGGUUAACCGUUUGACCAAUCUGUUCGAACGAGCAACGACAGAUCCGGCGUUAAUGACGACGGUUGUCGAGCAGGAGAAGGUUGAGAGAGUGCGCGUGGCUUCACCCGAACGGGAAGAGCGUGUCGUCUCUCAUCACGUCACCCGUUCUCCAGGGGACAUAUCGGUUAGCGAGAGAGUACGCAGAUAUGAACUGCCGGAAGAGCCGCGUGAGCAGACUGUAUCGGAGCGGACCAAGAAGUACGAUGAUAUCUUUGCGCCGCUGGAUAGUUCCCCCGGACACUUCUCUGUAAUGGAGACAUCUCUCAGUUCCCCAACGAGCACCGUUGUGCGUGACGCGGUGGUUACGGAAUAUCCACCGGAGGAAGAACGAGAAGAACUUACAACAACCAUCGUUACAGAAGAAACUAAGAAGCCGAAAAAGGGUUUGUUCGGAUUAUUCCGCUCGAAGAAAGUCGCUCCCGAAGAAAGCAUCACUGUCGCCAAAGUUAAGAAAGAACCGGUUACGUAUUCCGAGGUCAACACUGAAACGCGAACUAUGGUACGUGAAGACCGACAGUGGGAUACUGCUGACCGAGAGGUCGAGUACGGCAUACCGCGAAUUCGCACGGGAUCCGUUCCUCAUCACGCCGGUGUGUCGGAUGCCGAAAUGGACGAUACUCUGAUAAAAAAUGGACUCGUUGAACAAGCGGCGAACUGGCGGGACCAGUAUCCUACCGAUGUUGAAGAAUUCCUGGGAACAAAUCGGAAGCCGGUUGAACUGUUGGAAGAGCAUGUGGUUACCCGCACAGUUGGCACCACACAAUCGACGGAAGUGUCCAGCAUAACGCGACCGCAGACAUUCGUCCGUGAUGCCGUACCGGUUCUUAUCGAAACCCCGUCGGUUUACCAUGAAAAACGGACAGAAGUGCACACAAUGCAUCCGACUGAAAUUCCCGAAAGAGAACGCCUGGUGACCGCCAAUGAGUUCAUCGAAGAAACUGCUGACCGCGAGGUCCCAAAGCGGACCAGUGUGCGCGAUUUGGUGACAUCCUAUGAGACGGUAUCACACACGCGCCAGCCGACGGAGCCGCAUCCAUCGACGCCCAUGGAAGUCGAAGAAGUGAUCUCCAGCAGGAAGCGACCUUCGCCGGUAGAGCAUACCGUUGGCGCGCCGGAUUAUGAUAUGAAAGUGCAUGCUGCUAAACGCCCGGUGUUACCUUUUGCCACAGCAGAGCACAUGGAAGAAAGUAUAUCAAAACGGAAAUCAGAGAAACCUGCCCCCUCGGACACGGUAGUGCGGCGAUCAGUGUCUCCGCCUCCCAUUCUGGGUGAGCUUGAACAUGUUGAGGAAACCAUUGUUCGGCGAACUGAGCGGAAACCGCGCAAGCCAGAGCAGGAUACAACAUUCGAGGAGACUUUGACGCAUCCGGUCGGAGAAGCGGAGCCCCUCGUGCGGCCACUGGAUCGGCCAGGUUUCGAUAUCCGCCACUCAUCAGGACCACGAGAUAUCGACAUUGGGCUGGUGGAUGAAAGGGAAAGUGCAAUGAUAAAAUCAGUGACCGUUCGACCGGAGCAUCUCCACGCUCAGUCAGUUGACGAUGUCUCGGAAACGACACGCCGACAUAAAAAACUUUCUCCAGAGCGCGUUUCGACAGUCAAAACAAAAUCUGAAGUUGUGCACGUGGAGCACGUGCCGGGCACAGUUGUUACUGAAGUGCCAGUGGAGGAAAAGACAAAACGGAAAGCGCGAGCAGAAGCACUUGUGGAAACAGAAGACUCCGCACGCCGCAGCCGGUCACCAGUUUUUGAACAAACUGAAGAAAAAGUGCAUAAAAUAAAAAUGCCGAAAGCAUCCGAAGAAGGAACGAACAUGAUAUCCACUUCAAAGGUCACCGAAAGCCCAGUCACAACUGCCGUAACUCACGACAAUAUCCAUAUUUCCGAAAUAUCACAUGUGAAAUCACGCCCGGAGGAAAUUUAUCACCGCGGAGGACAUCGGGACGAUAUUUUUAUUGGUAUGGAAGAUUUUCGUCCAAGUGAGAUAUCGGAAACAUCUCGCAAGGAGCUCCAUUCAGAAACCGUUCACCCUCGCGAUUACGAUGUUGUCACGGGCAAACGUCAUGCAACACCGGUUAAAGAGCAUUUGCAGGAGCAGGUGAUUAACGUCGACAACCUAGCGUCAACAGAAACUCGGCCACGCGAAGAAUCCGCUAAAAUAUCUGCCUCUAAAUCGCGUUCCCCGGUGUUCGAGCAUCUCGAGGAAACUGUGAGUACUUUUACCGUCAAACAACCAGAUGAGCGAGGAUCGAAGAAAGUGACGGACAUUGCGCGGGAGGAAGAAGAGAUUUCUCGUCUGCAACAAACUCGGUUAACCGGGGAUGAAGCGGUACACACCGUUGCUGUUCGAGCUGAAGGCGAUGCAGUUCACCAUCAUGGAGGCUUCGGUGAGGUCGACCGAUGGGGUCCUGGACUCGAACUCGUGCCUGAGCCAGAGGACGAAACUGAUAUCCGGCAACUGCAUCCCGUUCAGCAGUCAGUCGAUGAGCACGUCGUGGAAACCGAUCAGACAGCGAAAAAACAGAAGCCACGGACUGUGAAGAUUCGCGAAGAAAGCGUGCUGGUGGAACACCGGCCAUCUUCCGCUCUGAGUGAAAUACACGAAGCGCAAGUUAAGCCUGUUGCGCCGGUUGUUAUUCGUGUGCCGAAAACUGGCGAAGCAACGAUGGAGAGUCUUCAGGAAAGCAUAGUGACUACAAGAACACCCCGAGAGAUAGAACAGCAGCUUCCUGCACCACAACAAGAAGUGCGCUUUGAAGAAGAAUCGGCCCACAGAGUUCGAGACGAAACGAUUUACCAUCACGGAGGGUUUGGCGAUAUCGAUAGAAGUGGCUAUGGACUGGAACUGGCGCCGGGAACACUGCAUGAAGAAAGCCUGCAGGAAAGAAAGCCCGUACAGCAGCGCUCUUGGGAGGAGGAAGUCACGCAUGCCGAACGAAAACGCAGUCCUCAACGGGAAAUUGCGAAAAUCCACGAAGAAAAUGUGUUUAUUGAGCACCGGCCGUCCUCUCCAGUCCCUGCAGAGGUAUCCCACGUCCGGCAAAUAUCUGCUAAGCCAGCUCCUGUGCGAGCGCCAAAACCUAUUGAACCAGCUAUUGAAAGCCUCGAAGAAAGCGUCGCCGUCACGAAAAUUCCUCGAGAACGGGAAGAACUACAACGGGCGAUACCGAGUGCCGUCUCGUUUCACGAAGAACAGAUGGGUCGAGACGUAGCGCGUGUGAGGUCAGCUGAAGCAAUUCGCCACCACGGAGGAUUCGCUGAUAUUGACCGUUGGGGAAAUCUAGGCGAUGGAAGGGAAAUCUUCUUGGAAGGACGUGAAACUGUCGCCAAAGCCAGCGUUCCCGUUGUUACCCACGAUGAGGCCCGACAGCGGCAACGAAGUCCCGUUAAGACCGUAAAGGUGAAGGAAGAGAGCGUGCUGGUUCACCGAACAGCCUCUCCAAUGAGAGACACAUUUGAGACGGUUCGCAGCGUUGCACCGGUGGUUGAAGCUGUUCCCGCUCGAGCACCGAAGCCCAGCGAGCUCACCCUAACCCAGCACGAAGAAUUUGUUACCAAAGAAAAAGCUCCGGUAAGGGCCCCUGCCGUACCUGAAGCCGAAAGUGGGCCGAAAAAAUCGCGAUCCAAAACGGAAAAGAUCACACAUUUUGUCCCGUUGUCGGAUCGUGGAUUCGAAUCGAAGCUGUUCAGCCCCACUUCUAAGAUUCGAGAGAAAAUUUACCAAGCAGAACAGGAAACUUCGAGUGUCAGCAAAAAGGUUAAAAUCUUCGAAGACGAAAGUGGAAUUGAAUUUGGCCGUGCAGCCGAAGAGCGGAUGGCGGAGCUGCAGUCGACAAGAAGUGGACCAACGAUGACCUCGGGUGGACAGAGUGCCGAUUCGAAGAAGCGGGAAACAUCAGCAUUUUCAUUCUUAACCAAACAGAAAUCUAUCGAUGAAAUGGAAGUGCGUCGAGAAAAACCGCUAACAAUCCUGGAGUCCAUGGGAAUCAAAAAUGAACCGGUUAUUCAAAUGGAAACCGUACCUGCACAAACUUUUGUACCACAGUACGUCAUUCCGCACGAAAAACGGAUUUCUUCGCGUUCUCGCGAGCGAGAAACUUUGCAGGAAACCAUUACCAAAACGACCACAGCGCCUCGUUCGGAUGUCGCGGCGGGUCAACGUCCAUCACGGGCUUCAUUAUUUGAGCUGUGGCAUCGAACAACCCCCCGGGAUAUUGACAUUGCUACCGUUGACCUUGAUGAACAGCCGCACCGACACAGGGAGGACGAAGUCAGCACGCGAGCGGUGACCCCUGCCAGUGAAAGAAUUCCAAAGUUUGUUCGGAUGGACGAGGGCGUGGUUGUCCAGCAAGCCCGCUCAAGCAGCCGAACGGAAAGCGAGACUUCACUGGAGGGUAUCCUACGUCGCUCUCCAUCGCGCGGCUCGCCCACAUUGAAAACCAAGUCCGAAACUGUCCACGUGGAAACGAGAAGGACCCCGAGCCCGAAUAUCAGUAAAGAAGAGCACUCGUUUUCGUACGAAACAGGCAAAGAAAGUCGUCCCAGAACGCCGCCGGUGGAAAGUCUCAGUGAAAGCAUCCGCACCCACCGAGUCGAGAGAACCAAACAACUAGGAUCGGAAGUCAAGAAAGUAAUGUCCGGCGGAACCUCAACGGUGGUGAAAGCGGAAGGAGAACCUGCAAAGGUCACGAAUGCGCCUCCGACUCGAUACAUCCAAGAUAUUGAAACCCCGUGGGUAGCAGAAGAACGACCGGACAGCAUGCUGAUCCGCCACAGAACAGGGGUUCGCGAUGACUAUAUCGGCGGCUUCGGAAGUGACACUGAAGCGGAGAAACCCGUGGUUAAGCCGCGGAAGUCUCGGGAGCGAUCCGUGGAACGCUUGGAGGAAAGUGUGUCGGAAGUCUCCGUUCCGUCAUUGGCCAAAACCCGACAUCGAUCACCGGAAGUGCAGUUGGAGCAUAUGGACGUCGUGCGGCCUCUUGACCGGCAUGCGCAGGAAAUACACACUGUGACUCCAGAAGUACAGCCCACUCGGGCCGACAGAAGUGCAUCGAAGAAGGUGCUGGUCGAAGAAACUGUUGUUGUUACCACGAGAACAUCUGUCAAACCACCUGUUGCGCCCGUGUUGGAAGAGGACCAGCGACAGCGCAGAGAACACGUUGCCGGUGAUGAAUAUCGCAUUGAAGAGAGCCAGUCACUUCCACGACCAGAUGGGCGCGAUGUUUGGCACAGAGCUGGACCGCGGGAUAUCGAUAUUGCCACGGUCUCAAUACCGGUAGUACAUUCUCACCGAAAGGAAACUGUAGAAAUGGUUAUACGGCCAAAGGAAAGCGAAGAAGAAACAGUGAAUAUCCGACACGUCGCCUCUGUGCAUCGGCCAGUUGAAACGCAAGAGGAUCUUGCUGUUUCAAGUGCAACGAAGCACCGUCCAGCGGAAGAGCGUGUGGAAGAAUUUGUUACGCGUAGCCGGGAACCGCGAGUACGACCGGAAGCAGUCGAACAUGUGACCGGAAUUCCCGACAGGGAGAUUGUUCAUGAAGACGAAACCAAAGCGAAAGCAAAGGCGAAAUCUCAGUCUGAUACUUAUGAGAUUCAUGGUAAGUCGUCUGCUGAGCAUCCACCGAUAUCAUCAGUAACCGAAAGAACAUUCACGCACGUUGUGGACGAGCCGCCGACUGUUUCAGAGAGCAGCUCCUCCAAAGAAGACUCCACAGGCAAGAAGUCAGGUGUUUUAGGCUUUCUGCGUUCAGGUAAAGGCAAGAAAGAGGAAAAUGCCGCCAAAUCUAAAUCGACCGCCACAUCGUUUAAGCAGUCCACUGCAACAAUCGGCUUGACACCGAAAAGGGAAGACACUAGUGUUUCUGUCGAAGAAUUAAUUUAUGGAUCGAAAAAGUCAUAUAAGGAAAGUCAGGAAUCGCGCAAAGUGGACACGACAGAUGUUGUGACAUCCAGUGAUCUUUCUGUUAAUCGCGGAAGCUUGUCUCUGAUUCGUCAUCACCCAGGAUGUGCCGACAAAGACUGGGAACCGGCAACCGGUAGAUCGCCUCCAGUGUCGGUGAGUACUUCCCCAGAGGAACGAUUGAUCUCGACAACUGUUGCUGGUUAUCCGGCUGACGAAGAGAAGCGUCCAUCAUCUCGGACAUCUAUUGGCCUGCCAAGUUUCAUCGCGUUUGACCGGCCCGAAAAGACGCCCAAAACUGCGAAGACAAAGAAGGAAAAACGAAUCUCCGCUAGUUCCACUUCUGGCCGUUCGACACCGUCGUCUUUCACAUCCGCUACGAUCUCUGAUUCGGAAAUGCCGGCUGUGUCCAGUCAAAGCACUAAAACUAAAACAACCAAAGUCAAGCAGAUCUCCAUUACCACGGAAAAGAAAACCUCGAAAGCCGGGGGCAAAGUCACUAGAGAGGAGAUAUUUGAGGAUAUUAUGUUUACUCGUCCUCCCUCUCGUAGAGAUAAGCUGGAAUAUGUCGUGAACAUUUCAGCAUCAUCGGAACGCGAGACACGGAACUUAGCCGAAGAUCCCACGAUUUCACCCCGGCAGCUCGUUACGCCAGAACCAACAAGAGGCGAACUGGUUGUACCAGAAUACGGUAGCAGCGACAGCGCUAGUCCAACAUUCGAUGAGUAUUUUACCGUUCCAGUCGACAAUUCUCAAAGUAAUGUUUCGCCUGAAAAUGAAACGGUCUCGGUUACUGUUACACGGACGCAGGUACGCGAAGUCGGAUUGGAGGAUCGUGAUUAUGCAUCGGAUCGUCGAACGACACUGGAAUUUUUACCGGAGUUGUAUCCCCAACCGAGCAUUGUUGCCGUAACGGAACCGGCUUCACUGACGGUCGUCAGAGACGUCGAAACGGUUGUCACUCAGACUGUGCGUGAUUUUCAACCCGAUAGGAGGACGUCAUUGGAAUUUCCGGUUGGGUCAGUUUUACCGCGUCAGAAGGUAAUCAGCAGUAUCGAGGAGUUACCAUCGAAAAGUCCAGAAGAACGCAUCAUUCACAAUGUGGGCCUGAGUGACAGAAAUUACGAAGCUGAACGGCGUACGUCGCUUGAGGUUCUGCCAAUUGCAUUUGACAAAGAAAAAUCGGAUUCCCAUCAGAUGCAGACUGUACCUGCAGAAAUCGCUACGGCAACAGUUGUGCGAGCCGCUGAACCAGAUUUUGCGCCCGAUCGACGAACAUCUCUCGAAUUUAAUCGUCGAGUUGUGACUGGUGUUCCCUCUGAAGAAAAAAUAACGGAAGCCUCGGAAAGCGAAGCACUGCAGCGCCCGGAAAGAUUAAUCCACCAUACCGGACUUAGCGACAGAAAUUACGAGCCGGAACGACGCACGUCGUUGGAAUAUCUUCCUGCUAUCCCACAAAGUGUUCAGAAGAUUCCAGCAGUUGCCACGGUCGAAGAAAAUCUGAUUUCCGAAACGACAUCCACGGAAGUGAUCAAUUUCGAAGUGGAUAGAAGAACAUCUCUUGAAUUCAGCGGCCGAGUUGUGGCUGGCGUUCGCUCUGAAAAAACACCACCUGUGACCACCGUACAUGAACCCCUGCAGCGCCCGGAAAGAGUUAUUCAUCACACUGGAUUAAGUGACCGUAAUUACGAGCCUGAACGGCGCACUUCUUUAGAGUAUCUGCCGGUUGCUCCACAAGCAGUUGCCCAAACUCCAGCGGUUGCGAUCAUUGAAGAGAAAAUCGUUACAGAAACGAGAUCUGCUGAAAUCAUGAAUUUCGAAGCGGAUAGAAGGACGUCCCUCGAAUUUACGGGACAGAAGCGCGUGGGUCAACCAGUUAAGGAAGUUCUGCAUGAAGAGGUCAUCACGCAGCGGGUCAGAAAGGUGGACAACGUUGCCCUUUCUGAGCGGCAAUACGAAGACGAUAGGCGAACAUCGUUGGAAUUUCUUCCAUCGUUGCCGGUUGUUCACCAGCAAAAAGAAGAAGCAAUUGUGGAAGAGCAUCAGUCAACGUCUGAUCUGCCAGUGCCAGCUGAAAUUAUCUUUACGCCGGAGCGAAGAACAUCGCUUGAGUUCAAUCAGCCCAUCCGACCAUUAUCGCCGGCACAAACUCCAGUUGAAGAAAAAGAGCCAAUUACCACGAAAACCGUUGUGAGGCACGACAUCACUUUAAGCGACCGCAAUUACGAAAGUGACCGACGUACAUCGCUUGAAUUUCUUCCUGAGCCAGCAGUUGCGAAAAAACCUCAAGAGGCCGUCAUCAUGGAGGAAGUUACUGAUGUGGCACCGGUCCCUGCCGACACUUCCCGAUUUGAAGGGGAUCGACGAACAUCGUUAGAGUUCUUCACACAACAAAAAGCUAAACCACCCAUUACAGCUGAAAGUAUCGAAGAAACCGUGCACGUUGAGCAUAAGCAUCGUAUCGUUCAUAAUGUGAAUCUUGGUGAUCGGGAUUUUGAGCCGGAGCGUCGUACGUCUUUGGAAUUUCUUCCGGAGGUGCAGGUUACUCGAGUUCGGCCGGAACCAAUCGUGGAAGAAACUGACAUUCCACAAGUUGCGUCCAUAGAAGAGCCUUCUUUUGCUUUUGAGAGGAGGACAUCGCUCGAGUUUUCCCGUGAUCGACCAGUGCGUCCACCGCGGUCAAAGCAAACAGAAGUCACAAUCGACGAAGAAUCAGUUGGUCACGCACAACAAACUAUCCGCAGUGUACACCAUGUGUCUUUAGAGGAGCGCAGUUUUCAACCGGAAAGACGAAGCACACUGGAAUUUCUGCCAAGCUUGCCGCCUGCUCCUACAAAACUUGAGACUGUGUCCGUUGAGGAAGUAAUUGUGGAAGUGCAGGAAACACCCAAAGUUACUAGCUUUGACCGAGAUCGAAAAACAUCUCUGGAAUUCGAUUAUGUCCAACGAUCAAAAUCUCCUGCCAAAAAUCGCAUUGAAAUCACGGAGGAAGAAUCGACAGUCGCUAAAAUAUUACCUAAAUCGUCGCACGAGAGCAUGGAGAGUCAAACACAAAGGUCGCCGCAGAUUUCUGAGGAAAGUAAUGAAGAUGUGGUGCCGCGAGGUCGUCCGAAUUCUGUUGGUCAUCGCAGCGGCAUCAGUGACAAUGAAUUGGCAAUGUUCCCACAGUAUCCCGCAUCGUCGCCACAGCUGCUCUCUGAAACAUACCCUGCAAAGGCCAUCCAGCCCUCAGAACAUGUCGCAGAAAGCACGACCACCACAAACGUGCGCCCGGCGGAAACUGUUCACGCAACGACCGGAAAACCCGCCAAAGUGGAAGAAACAGCAGCUCAGAAAAUCCGUAAAGACAGACCGCUUACGGUCGAAACGGAAUCUGUCUCUACAGUUACGACGUCGACGGAGAAAGCACCCAAAGAAAAGAAAAAGAGCGGCCUUUUUGGUCUGUUUAAGUCCGGCAAAAAAGAUAAGAAAAAAUCGGAAUCGGAAGCUGUCACUCGCGUGCGAGAUGUUACGGAAGAAUCCACUGAACGGAGAGAAUCCGUUUCUUCCUCCACGGCGUCGUCAGUGAGUAGUGCGCGUGAGAUUCAGCCACCGGCUGAGACAGAAUAUGUGGAAGAGACAGUGUUACCUCCCCGCGAACGCCCGGAAAGUGUACGGCAUCGAAGCGGGCUUUCCGACGACAGAAUUGCUAACUGGACUGAUCCUUUCCGUGCGGCGAAGGAAGUUCCAGUGACGGCUGUAAUGCAGGAGGAACACCGUGUGGUGACGAGAGCAGAUGAGACAUCGUCAUCUGAAUCUGAGACAGACGAAACACAUUCGGCGACUGAGCGGAGAAAAGUUCGCACGAAGAAGAAAUCAGCGCCAGAAGCCCCAACUGUCGUUCGAAGCGCUGAGCACGUGGUUGAGUAUGAAAUUCCAGAAGUGACAGAAAAGCCGGUUGCGCCGGUGCGCACUCAUAAAGCAGUAACCGUUGAAACGCUGGAGACUGGCCAUGCGGAGGAGUAUCUUGAACCACGUCUGCGCCCGGAACAAGCGUCGCAUCGUGCUGGCAUGUCGGACCUGGCAAUGGACGAUUAUGCCAUUGAACGGCUGAGAGUGUCGCCAUCUGCUGCACCGAUUGAGACUGAGCGCGAAGUCAUAUUUACCUCGAAACCGGGGCGCGAAACGGAAACCAUAGUUCGCGAAGUAUCCCCGGAGAUCAUCCAAGCAGAGCAUGAAACAGUAACGGAAUUUACUGUGCCCGAAGCAAAAGAGCGGAAAAAGUCUAAGAGUAUUUUUGGACUCUUCAAGCGCAAGUCAUCCAAGACUGCCGAACCAGAGGUGACAACGGAGACGCACGUUUCCGAAGUUGUGGAGUCCGAACUCUCACCAGGUGUGCAACAAUAUCAGACUAAAACAGAGGAGUUUAUUGGUCCGCCUCAGGAGCGGCCUACAUCAGUGCAUCACAGAACUGGGCUAACUGACAACGACAUCAUUGAUCAGUUCCGGCACGUAGCGCUUGUUGAAACAGCGGAAGAGAAGACUGUUACUCUUCGGGAAGCACCAACUGAAGAAGUCCGCGUGACUGAACAGCACCGAACAAAAGCCAUACCAGCGGAAGAAAUCGAGCAAGAAACAGUCGUAAUCGAUGAAUCCGAACGGGAAAAGGUCAGCAAAUCGAAAUCGAAAGGAAUAUUUGGCUUGUUCAAAUCGAAAAAAUCCAAAGAAACGACUGCAGAGUCAGUGACAAAAGUGCGCGAUGAAUCGGAAUUGGAGCAUAUAGAACGCACGCACCCAGAAGUGUUCCAACCGGUGCAACUGGAAGAGCUGACCGGUCCGCCACGAGAACGGCCCGACUCCGUAAUUCACCGAGUCGGUUAUCCUGACUCGGAAAUGGAACGAUACAUACCUGCGGAAACGGUGGCAACGCCGAAGCCAGUGAGCGAAGAACAUAUAUCGGAAACCGUUGUGCGUGAUGUUAGUGAACCAGUCAGACGCAAAGACGUCGAGCAAGUCCAGUCGAGAAUCGUCGGCGAAACCCUGGAAGUGGUGCAUCCAUCAAAAUCAGUUGUGCCGGUUCUGAUUGAAGCAGAAUUACCACCUCGUGACCGCCCACAUGCGGUCGAGCAUCGCAGCAAUCUUUCCGAUAUGGAGUACGAAAGCAUCAGCCGGCAGUAUCCUGGUGAAGUACGUACAGAAGUUGUCGAAACCACGCGAACCCAUCCGCAUGCGGAAGAAUAUCUCGACGAAACGCUGCUUGUGACCGAAUCUGCAAGGCCGGUUGUUCCAUCUCGAAAAGCCAAAGUAACGGAAGAACACGAAGUUAUCGAGACAUUGACUCCGCGUGACCGACCUGCCGCGGUAGUUCACCGAACUGGACUUCCGGAUUGGGAGAUAGUGGAAGACCACGCUAGAAUGUCACCACCACCCGAACUGCAGAAGAUAAGGGAAGAGAGCAUUACGAUCAAGAAGACGCCGGAAACAGUCAUUGUGAAGCAGCCAUCGGAAGAGGAGAUGCGCACUUACUCGGAAACUGUUGUCACAGAAUCCGAGGACGUGGAGAAAGUAAAGAAGGAAAAAUCCAAAUCGAAGGGAAUUUUUGGCGUUUUCAAGUCGAAGAAAUCCAAAGAAGCCUCCAGCGAAUCGGUGACAAAAGUACGCGACGAAUCGGAAGUGGAGUACACCGAGCGCGCACAUUCUGAAGUGAUGCAACCAGUUCGAAUGGAAGAAGAAAUCGUUACUGGGCCACCACGCGAUCGGCCGCUGCCGGUUAAUCAUCGCGUCGGCUAUCCAGACUGGGAAAUGGAGCGACACAUCCCAGCAGAAGAACUAGUACAGCAGAAAGCUAAAGAUGCCGAACACAUUUCGGAAAGUGUGAUUGUGCGAGAAACGUCCGAGCCAGCGCUAAAGCCUGUCGUUGUUGAUACCAAGCCUGUGGUAGAGCGCCGAGUAAGAACGGCCUCGCGUGAAACGCUUGCAAUUAUUCCGCCUCCGCCGUUUGUUGUACCGGAAAUUAUACACUCGACGGCGGCCGUUAUUGUUCCGCCCAGUAUUCCAGUUACUAAGCCGGUAGAACGUGCGCCGGUUGUCGCGUUUCCGGAAACACUGGAGAUCAUCUCAGCCCCUGAACUGGUAAGACCGCUGCUGGUUGAGCCGACACAAGCUAUCGUGGUCGUUCCUCCACCGCGUCCUAAGCCUGUUGUUCGAGAAACAUUGGAAAUCAUCCAAGCUCCUGAUGUUGUGAUGCCGGUGUUGGUGGAGUCAACACAGGCAGUUGUCGUCAAGCCGGUUGUUGUUGAAACAAAACCCAUAAUUUUGCCGGCUGUGAAAGUCGCAUCCCGUGAAUCCUUGGAUAUCAUCUCGCCGCCGCCGUUGGUGGCGCCUCUUUACAUCGAACCUACCCAAGCAGUGAUCGUCCCUUUUAUUCCGCCAGUGAUAACCAAGCCGGUCGUCGAACGUCCGUUGAGAUCGGCUGAACGCGAGACACUGGAAAUCAUUCCACCUCCGGAUACUCUGAUGCCGGUGCUGAUCGAACCCACCCAGGCCGUUGCUCGCCGUGUUUUACAGCCGAAAGUUGCGAUCCCACAGGAAGAGCAUUUCGAAGAAACUGUGACGGUUAUUCGGGAUGCCCCAACUCCCGCACGCCGAGCUAAGAAGGUGGAAGUCGAAUCUUCGACCUCAUCGGAAUCGGAAAGUGAAGAUGAAAGCGUUGUCGUGCGCAGAGCUCGUCCGGCGUCAAGAGUUUUGGAAGAAUCCAUUCUAGAAGUCGAAGAACCGAUGAGUCCACGAGAGAGGCCAUCGGCUGUCGCCCAUCGUUUUAACGUCCCGGAUCGCGAUAUUAUUCACCUGCUUCCACAAGAAACAGUCUCAUCUCAUGAACACCUGCAAGAAUCGGUUGUCGUGAAGAGCAGUGAGAAAACAGUUAAACCAGCGGUUCCAGCGAGAACAUCGAAGAAAGUCUCUAUAUCAUCCGAGUCCGAAACCGAAAGAGAAGCUGUCAGAAAGGUCGUCUCAGCAACGGAAACCCAUCAUGUCACGGAAGUACAAGUCCCGAGAGAUCGACCGGCAGCCAUUGAACACCGUUAUAAUGUCACUGACCGAGAUAUCGCAGUCGCUUCGGGACUGUUACUUCCGAGAGAAACGCUUGAGGAAAAUGUAACAUACUCACAGCAAAAGGUCACUGCAAAGAAGCCAGUGGAAGAGCGCCGCACUGAAGAAAUUGUGAGCACUCGCGUGGGCAUAGAACCAGCGCGAAUGAUGCCGCCCCCUAGAGUGACUACCGAACACAUUGUCGCAGAGGAGCCGGUUUUAACUCCUCGAAUGCGUCCACCGUUUGUCGUUCAUCCGUACGGCGUUCCGGACCGUGAUAUCGAAACUAUCAGCAGACGCUUUCCGUUUCCCGAAGAAACACGCCCAGAAAGCGAAAUCCUUCAGGAACGAGUUGUGACGGAAAGCGUAAAAACGGCCAAGCCUGCAGUGCCACCCAGAUCAGUGGCAGAGAAAACUGUCGUCAGAGAGGAUGUUGCCAUUAUGGAGGAAAGGCAACCCAAGGCGGCUCCAGUCCAGCCAGAGCGGGUUGAACAUUUAGUCCCUCGCGAGCGCCCGCCAGUUAUUUACCAUCGGGGAAAAUUCGCGGAUUAUGAGAUCGAACCGAUAGCUUCCAGGUAUGUUCCAGUUGCAGCUGAACCGGCUGUAGAAAAACGCCAGGAAGAACGCGUCCGAUCGGAUACUGAACAUAUACACGAAACUGUCAGUGUCGUAACCACUACAAGAUCGUCUUCGCCUCCACGAACAAGAGCUGUUGCGCCGGUGGAAGUGGAAGAAGUACAUCUCUCCCCACGCGAACGACCGGCGGAAAUCCACCAUCCAGCAAGAUUGUCAGAUUUUGAAAUAGAGCCACUGGCCGCCAAAUAUUCGCCGGUCUUGGUUCCCGCCGUACCGGUAACGGAAAAACGGAAGGUCGAAGAACGCGUUCCGGCAUCUGAGCAUCUGCGGGAGACCGUUACUGUGGUGAGCACCGCACGAGUACCAUCGCCAACGCGAACAAAGAUCGCGCCAGUGGAAGAAACAGAAAUCGAACAUUUAACUCCGCGCGAGCGCCCGCCCAAAAUUCGUCACCGGGGCAAGAAUUCCGAUUACGAUAUCGAAGCGAUCGCUGCCAAGUACGCUCCGAUUUCAGCUGAGCCAGCAGUCAAACCACUCAAAUCGUCCACCACAGAAUACGAGCAUGUCACGGUAACAACAAAAACAACAGCCGAGCCAUCGGUGAAAUUCGGUGUGUCAGAGCGGUCAAAGAUGGUAAAAGAUGUGUUUGCCAUGGAACAGGGACCGCCGAUCGUUGCUGCCCGGCUAAUUCCCGCGCAAAUAUCACAGGAGUUUGUCACUGUUCGUGAAGUGUCACCUCCUAUACGUGUCCAUCGUCAUGAAGAGGAGGUGGUACAUCUGACACCGCGAGAACGUCCGGCAGCGGUUGAGCACAAAGCGGGAUUGCGAGAUGAAAACAUCAACAUGUUUGCCACCCGUCUCGCUGAUAUGACUGCAGUCGAGGGCAAGAAAGCCAAAAAAGUGGAAGUCAGUUCGUCUUCAUCAUCCGAAUCUGAAAGCGAGCAAGAACGAGUUACGGUUCGAAAAAUGCGCCCAACGGAGAAGAUCGUGAGAGAUGACACAUCUUCGGAUGAAGAAUUUGGCCGUGUUCAUUCGGAGCGGGUACGACACGUGCAUCUGCAAGAUAUCCAGCGCAAACCGGCCCCGACAGAGGAAUACAGUGAAAUGGUGGUGAGAACGAUUGAGCCUACCAGGGAAGCGGCCGAAUUCCCACCGCGUGAACGUCCUGGAAAAGUGCAGCAUUUUGUCGGCACGAGUGAUGUCAGUCUGGAGAACGCCCUUGUCACCCGUGAACCGGUAACGGAAACCGAUGAAACUCUGCUGGAAGAGACGGUGUUCCGUCGUACAGGUGCCGCACCGGUUGCGCCGAAACCGGCUGCCCGCAAAACCAAAAGCGAAGAGUUAUUCGAAGAGAGCGAACGACGCUCCCGUGGUGAAGUCAUCGUCCAGGAAUCGGAGCUGAUGAAACAGAAGAAGUUCGUGAAGGGAAGACGAUCUCCGUCGCCCUCACUCUCCACCUCGGACACCGAGCGGAAGAGACCGACAAAAGUUCUGGUAAAAAUGGACGAUAUGCCGACUGUUGUUCGCAGUGCAGAGAGCGUGGAGCAUCGCGAAGAAGCUUCCAAGAAGAAAUCAACGAUUAAAAUAGCGCAGGAAGAGGUGAUCUAUACUGAGCAAGAAGAGAAGCGCAAGCAGGAAGCGCUGGACCGGGAGCGGGAAUUGAAAAGCCGAACGGCAACACCGGCAUCGAUCAGCACGACAGAAGCGGUUUCCCGAUCCGUAUCCGGUACACGCUCUCGUACACCUGACGGCAGCACGAAGAUUAAGUCAGUUAAAGUGACGAAGAUGAAGGUCGAGCCAAAGUCCAGUAAGUCGGAAACCAAAGAAUACAUCUACGAAGAUGUUAAUUAUUACAAAACGGCAAAACGGAGCAAAACGCCGGAUGCUAUCAGCCGAGGACACACCAUUGCGACAACAAGUGUUGCGUCAACAUCACCAGAAGCGCAAGUAGUCCGAUCGAAAACGUUACCGUAUCAAGAGCGGUCUCCGGAUGAAGUGCGGGAAAGCGAACAUAUCACGGCUACUAAAGUUCGUGAAGUGCCUCCCGAAAGGGAACGAAUGGAAGAACGUGUCAGGAAAACGGAGGUCACAGCGGUGGCCGUUGGGAAAAAGCUGAAAAAGAAGCGCUCGCAAAGUUCGACCAGUAGUUCCAGCAGUCGCGAAGAUGCCGAUGAAAUCAGCUCGGUAACAAAAUCCAAACUGACCAGCCCGACACCGGAACCGCGGGACGAUGUUCAGUUAGCUUUGGCGGAAAUGAAGUCCAAGAAAGUCUCACCACGGGAGGAGAGCGACGAGGAGGUGACCGUCAGCCGGCGACAUGUUGUCUCACCGGACCGCGUGGCAUCGCCGCCACCGAUUCUCCACCACGUUACCCCCGGUGAUGCGGAAAUCGCCGAGUAUCUGCGGCAUAUGCGUCCGUUUGCCACGGGGCCGUAUACCGAACACGAGAUUCAGCCCACACGACUGGAUGUGGAGCAGGAACACGAAGCCGUCCUGACGACAACGACACACGUUGUGGCGCCGGUUGCGGCUCGUAAAGAGCGGCGCUCGUCGAGGUCAUCGACGUCCAGCACGGAAAGCGAAGACGAGCAUGGUCACAAGGUGAGGAGGAAGCGCCGGCCCGUUCAAAAGAUUGCCGAGGAGUAUGUUACCACUCGAACGUAUCCGGAUGAGGAAGCCGUCAAGAAACAAGCAGGACACCGAGAUUCCGAGAUCGGAGUGGCCCUUAUCGAACGCACCAAGACGGAGCAACUGCCGAGUUACAUCAGUUUCGGCCGUCUGGAGCCGGAUUCUCCUCGGCGAAGCGUUGAAUAUCGUAGUCAGGAUGAAUACAGAGAUCGCAGCCUGUCGCCAUACCCUCGCGAUAAGAUACUGCAUCGUGCUGGACCGAAAGAUUUCCAAAUUGACUAUGUCGAAAUGCUUGCUGAGCCAUUUAAACCUCCGCGACGAGAUAAAGAAUCAAUGCAGACUUACUACUACGGGGAUACAGCUGACGAUGUGGAAGAAGGUGUUUUCCGCGAAGUGAGCCAUAAACGUCGCUCAGCUCCUACACAUGAAAUGGAAAUGAUGCAAACGGCCACUGUUGUGCAUCCAGGAAGACCGGAAAAGAUGGGUACGCUGGAGAAAUCAGAACUACGAACCAUCUCGCGAGAAUCGUCCAAGGUUGAGAAGCCAACCACAUCCCAGCAGUCGGUGACCUAUGUCCGCGAGAGUCCCGCUCUGCGUCGACAGCAAUGGGAGACCUCCCAUGAUCUCACGACAACCUCCACUCCCCCUCCAUCUGGUGAAUAUCUUGAAGAACAUGUCGAACAUUACCGCGUGAAAUUGUCGCAUGAUCUGGAAGAACUGCGCGCUAAAUCUCCCAAAUUGUACAAAGACCCGGAUGACAUCAAGGAAAUGCGCACGGUCUCGGGUUUGAGUGGACGAUCAUCGCGGGCGGAAAGCAGCCGGACAACGUCACCAGCCCCGUUGGGAUUACCGUAUCCGCCGGCGUAUUUGGUUGGACGGGGUAUGUCGGCAGAACGGGAAAUUGUCUCCCCUAUCGAGCGGGAGAAAACUGAUCAGGUGUCACCGUUGAAAGAAACACAAGCCACCAGCACGGUGUACACUCAGCCCAUCAUCAAGAAAAGAGUUAUCCCAACACGAGACAGCAUUGAAGACGACAUGGUGGUAGCAGAUGUGAGGCAGGUGAAGACGCAGCCCAUCGAAGUGGAAACUGCCCGUGCGGAAGCUGUUCCCGUUCAAAGAAGAACCGAUGUUCGAGAAUAUUCUGUAUCGGAGCGGGAACGAAAUCAAAAUCGCGAGUCCACUAUCAGCGAUACCGCUACUUACAUGGAAAUCCCCGAGCGACCAUCUCCUGUGACACCGUCAUCAACGGCUGCCACUUUACCGGUGUCAUCGAUGGUGGCAACUCGAACCGAAGUGCGACGGUCGCGCUCGCACGAACUAACUCCCAUUUACGCGAAAGUUCAAAAGAAGCGCAAGGGAUACACAGAGACCCUGGAGGAAGAUGUCUUCUACUGGAAAUUAUUCAAACCGGGCAAGAAAUCGUACUCGGAAGAACGGAUGCGCGCGCGCUCUCCCGAAAACGUCCUGACACCGGAUGAAAUACAGGUUCUCCAACGUAGUGUGUCUCCGUUGGUUUUAGCGGAGGGCGACAAACACCACCGGCACAAAGAGAAAUCCGAGCGUGUCACUCGCUCCCAAGGAGUGAGAAGGUCGGAAUCGGAUGUGGAUGUGAGACGGAGCACCUCGCCUGGAUUGAAAGACUCUGAACGAUUCACUGACGGACGAGAGCGGUAUGAUAUUGACCUGCGCCUGACGACCACCCUGGGCGAUGAUCGCUCGGCCCAUAGUUCAUUGAGCCGCCGGACGAAAGAGCAUUUGACGUUACCGGCGGUGCCCACUCCACCGCGUUCCCGCCAGAUGUUAUCAGAAAGCCCGGAAGGGACGCCGAUGCACGUCCGGUCAUUUUCCCCAGCCUCCGGGGAGUUUGUGUCGGAAAGGUUGUCGCAGCAUGAAGCCGUUAGAGUGUCAUCGGUCUCAGAGGAAGGCGAACGGUCAUCGGUGGACGAAACAUCGCGCAUCCGGAAGGGUUUGCUGGCCGAUGUGGAAUCGGAGACGCGGCUGCGUGCAGCCCGUGACGACGCGGAUAUGAUGUAUCGGGCGGCUAUGCGUGAGCCGCUUCCAGAUCCACAUUCCUGUCUGCUGACCUACAAUCGAUUGUAUGGUUCUGUGGAGGAAAAUCUGUUGGAAUUGGAAGGAUUGAUUGUGGAUCCUGAUUGUCAGUAUAUUGAUCAAGAAUUGCUCAACAUGGAGAAACAACGCUUUACGGCGUUUUUGGAUGGAUUAGUGCGUAUCAAUCGAGAUUUGGACCGACUGGAUGAUCUUUAUCGUGCCAUGAUGACGGUAGAAUCCGGAGAAAUAAUUACUGAAGUCGACACAAGACAACGACAGCUGAAUGGAUUGUAUAUGAGCCUGUUGCAACAACUUAAAAGCAUUCUGCGCCGAAUCCGUCAUCUGGAAUUCGUUCUCGAUCUGUACAGGAAACGCCGGUUGCAAUUUAAGGUUCGACUACUGGAAGAACUGACCUAUUUCCGCACCAACGAAAACAUGUCCGAGGAGGAACAAAAAGAACGCGUCAACCAGCUUUUAGAAGAGGUGUUGAUCCUGCGAGCAGCCACUUAUAACAUGUUCGUGCGAUCGACACCGGAAUUCGCCUCUCAACUGGAAAUAGAACUACACGAAAUUCUGACGCUUUUACGGACGGAACUGCGGGUACCGACGGACAUUGAGAGUUACUAUGGAUCCAUUAUUCAACUGCUUCUCACCGGUCGCUACUCCGUGGAAUUUGAUGCUACUGAACAAAAGUUAAUACUGUCUUCCGAUGAAAUGGCUUCCGCUGAAAUUCCGACCAGCACAUCCAGAUUUAGCAACCCAACCGUGUGGUCCGUACUGCGCCGCGCUCUGCCCAUGCAAGCUUUGGCACUGAUUCUUCUGGGUUUUGCAUCGCUAAUCCCCAUGACAGAUGACGAGUUUAGUUGCCUAUUUAGCAACUACUUUGCUUCGUCUUUCAAUCCUGCUCUGAAAUUUUCCGGCCCUCCGCCCAUAUAAUUUCCCCUUAAGCGGAUGUCGCCGAAUUGUACAGUCGCAAAACUGUAAAUGGAGUUUAAUUUUUUGCUUGUUUGGGACGAUAGUGCAUUACGUUGACGUGCGCCCGGGAUCAGCUGGUUGGUUUUCUGAGCUGCAACAGGAAUACCGGCUCGGCCAUCUUGGUGCGCCGAGGUGAAUGUACUCGGUGUUUUGGGAAUCGGCAUACCUUCCAAGUGCCAUUAUUUUGUUGUGUUGUUAAAUUCUUUUGAUUUUGAGAAUCUUUAGUAUCAUAGAUCUUGCAAUGCCGGUAGAAUUUUUUUGUUACGGAAUCAUUCUAUGAAAUAUUAAAAGUAGUAAUCGC